UUAUCUCUCUGCAACUUGCUGGUUGCUGCCAUGAAACGUACUGUCUCUUUCACUUCCAGCUGCUCAACCUUCGAUCGGCCUGACGAGGUUGUGUUUGGAAGCCAACCCGCUGUAAUAUGUCAUCCACCUCAGGCCCAACAUGUUUCUCACGGGAUGAUGGUAUUGUGGCCUGUAUUGAAUCACUACUACCCUCAAGUGGUAAAAGGUUUCACAGAAGUGGGGCUUGGUAUCAGCAUGGCGUGGUUAAGGUGAAAUUAUGCUCCAAUAGUAAAGAUCGAAGAACCAUCCGGUUGAGAAGAUCUGAGAGAAAAUUUUUUCGGUUGGUUUCUAGAACUUUUCAUCUUGUCUCAGGUGGAAAUGAGAAGAUUAUUUCAGUGCCUAGCAUUAAUACUGAUACGUUUUGUGAUGAGGCAGAAGGGGAAGUUGGAUCUCCAUCGAAGAAAUUAUUAAAUAUUGUGAAGCAUUGGAAGGGAGUGCAUGUUGUGGCUGCAGCUAGUAUACUGGCAUGUAUAUGUUUGGUUGUUCCAUCAGCAGAUGCUGUUGAUGCACUCAAGACGUGUGGUUGUCUAUUGAAAGAAUGCAGGGUAGAAUUAGCCAAGUGUAUUGCAAACCCAUCAUGUGCAGCCAACAUUGCAUGUCUCCAGACAUGUAAUAAUCGACCUGAUGAGACUGAAUGCCAGAUUAAAUGUGGGGAUCUGUUUGAGAACAAUGUGGUAGAUGAGUUCAAUGAAUGUGCAGUCUCACGUAAGAAAUGUGUACCCAGGAAGUCUGAUGUAGGCGAGUUUCCAAUUCCAGAUCCUGCAGCUCUUGUCAAGAGUUUCAACAUUGCAGAUUUCAGUGGGAAAUGGUACAUAACUAGUGGCUUAAAUCCUACUUUUGAUACUUUUGAUUGCCAAUUGCACGAAUUUCAUAUGGAGUCCAACAAACUUGUGGGAAAUUUAUCAUGGCGGAUACGGACUCCUGAUGGUGGUUUUUUCACUCGAUCUACUGUGCAAAGAUUUGUGCAGGAUUCAAAUCAGCCUGGGGUGCUCUACAAUCACGACAAUGAGUACCUUCACUACCAAGAUGAUUGGUACAUUCUGUCAUCCAGAGUAGAGAACAGGCCAGAUGAUUACAUAUUUGUAUACUACAGGGGCAGGAAUGAUGCAUGGGAUGGAUAUGGUGGUGCUGUUGUGUACACUAGAAGUGCAGUUUUACCUGAGAGCAUUAUCCCUGAACUUAAGAAUGCUGCAAAGAGUGUAGGACGGGACUUCAACAAGUUCAUCACAACUGAUAAUACUUGUGGGCCUGAACCUCCCCUUGUAGAAAGAUUGGAGAAGACAGUGGAGGAAGGAGAGAAGACAAUCAUAAGGGAGGUAGAAGAGAUUGGAGGUGAGGUGGAGAAGGUGAAGAAAACCGAGAUGACAUUGUUCCAGAGGUUAGCAGAGGGCUUCAAGGAGCUAAAGCAGGAUGAGGAGAACUUCCUGAGAGGACUAGGCAAAGAAGAGAUGGAACUUCUGAGUGAGCUGAAAAUGGAAGCCAGUGAAGUAGAGAAGCUAUUUGGACGGACCUUGCCGUUGAGGAAGCUAAGGUAGGAGUUAGAUGAGGCAGACUCAUCAGACAUUUUGAGCCAAUAUGAUAGCCCAAGCUUGUUCAACCCCUCAACAGCCAAGAGGUUCAUACAUUUGAAAAAACAAACUGCAGCGCUACUAGAGUGAUUAAAUUUAUGGAAAACACUGCAGCGCACUGCAGAUUCUGAAAUUACAGCCCCCAUAGUUUACUAGUAGCCGCAUCCUGUCCGUGCAUUGGGCAUCGACCCACGGUCAGGAUUCAUCCCACCUGUGUGUGCUGAACAGUCAUUCUCCCUUAAAUUUAUUGAAAAGUUUACGACGUACUAUUUUCCUUGCC